AUGAGUUUUGCGCAUCUUGCUGGUGUGCGAUUCAGAAAUGUAAAGCGAUUGCUGGUAUCGCUUUCCAUAUUGUGUACGCUAAGCUAUUUGAUCAGUGUUAUGUCUUAUAACUCGGAAUCAAGGUUAUCAGAAUAUAUUCUUGAUGAACUCUACAAGAGAUAUACAGACAGCCGUUUGGAAGCCGGAUUUCCAGACAGAGAGAUCAUUUGCAAAGAAUAUUUUGGGUUUCUCCAUACAGUUCACAGCGAUUGGAAAAUACGCAGCUUUGACAAUCAACAGAGCUUACUAUCCAAAAAUGUGGAAGUCAAAGAAUCCAUUCGACAUCUGCGAAUGUACACCCAGUGCUUUCUGAAUAUGGAUUAUAGCAUUGAUGACAUAAAUCUACCGGCUACUGAGGACAGGCUGUUUCCAUUUUUAACAAUGGACUUGCCAACAUUCACUCGGUGGGAUGGGUCCAUAGUUAGGGAGUUUCCAUGCCUGGAUGAUUCUUUAAAUGCAUGUAGUAAUACCGUAUCGGCCGAUGAAGAGAACCAAUAUAGAUCAUUUUGGGGAAAUAUCAAAAAUAGCAUGAAUGGGAAAGGUCUUGUGAUUAGUAUAGCAAAUAUUGGGGUAGAUGAAACAAAACGCUUAUUGAAAACCUUGAGAUUACUGGGAAAUCAAUUACCGAUUCAACUUGUACAUAAAGGCGAUCUACACUACAUUCUAAUGGCUGAAUUGGUUGCCGUUGCAAGAAAUGAUUUAAUCAUUGAAAUUGAUGGUAAACUACAGAGCAUCGGGUAUCCUCAAGAUAUUUGGUUUGUAAAUACCGAACCGUGUUUAAAACCAGAGGCCUUAAAACUUUUCAAGAGAUAUUCUAACAAAUGGCUUGCAGCCAUGUUUAACUCAUUUGAAGAAAUGAUACUACUGGAUACAGACACAGUCUUAUUUGUUGAUCCCAUACAUAUGUUUGAGACACCAGAGUACUCUGAGAGUGGUACUCAUUUUUUCAGAGAUAGACCCAUCGCAGAAUUUGUGAAGAAAAGUGAUGUUACAUUGUACCGUCAGCUAUUACCAUCAUUAAAAGAGCGCUCAUUGUUAGGAAUUCCUUCAACUUCAAAGUAUACGCUCCAGAAUCCAUUCUUCAAAUCCCAACGCAAACACAUGAUGGAAAGUGGAUUGGUCGUGAUAAAUAGGAAACAAUAUUUGGAUGGUUUAUUAAUAUCAACCUUUCUACAACUAUGGGAAGAGACAAGCUCUCCUUUCCAUGGCGACAAAGAACUAUUCUGGUUGGGACAAGCUAUAUCAGGGAAGGGUCGAUACAAGUUUAAUAAAAAUGUUGCUGGCGCAAUAGGUAUUUUAAGGAAAGAUGAGAAGGAGGGUACAGAAUAUAUUUGCUCCACUCAAAUAGCACAUUUCAACGAUGAGUAUAAGUUAUUAUGGAUCAACGGAGGACUGAAAAACUGCAAACUACCAGCUUGGAAUUAUGACUUUAAGAAGAAGAAAGCCAUAAGGAAAAAGUACAAUUCAGUCGAGAACGUUAAAAAACAUUACCAAUUGCCCGUAGUUUUCGAUGGAGCAAUCAUUCCGCCAGACUAUUCAAAUAAAUCAUAUCAUAAAACAACAGAAGAGAAACUAAAGAAUGGGUUCCUAAGAGAUGUAAAUUUAGGCUGCGCUGGUUAUACAUGGUGCGCAUAUAAUAGUCUAGAUUCUCCUGAAGGAAAGGUCCUCCGAUUUGAUGAAACUGAAUCACAGAAAAUCAAAAAUAUCAUUGAAGUAUGGAAUAGUAAAUAG